AUGUGGCCGUUUCAGGGGCCAACAAGACCACCGCAGCGCGUCGCCGAGCCCGGGGUCGCUCUCGUCGACUUGCCCGACGUGCUCCUCAGCGAGAUAGCUGGCAAGCUGAGAAAACGCGACGCGGUCUAUCUGGCAGCGACGUGCUCACGUCUCAUGGCCGCUGUGCUCCACGGCAGCAGCGACAGCAGCGGGCACGCGGCGCGCUGGCGAUGGAUAACGAGCCCGGAAGAUCCCGGGAAAGGCGUUCUGCGCAAGCUCCUCGCGACGCCCGCCGCGUCGCUCCCCGGCUCCCGCCCGUGGGUGGGCUGGUGCGGCGUCUACGUGUCGCUGGCCGACGCGGGACUCCUGCUCGCAAGCCACCCGGGCGACGGCGAGCAGCGCUUCGAGCGCAUCGUGCACGUGACGAGGAGGUUCGUGUCGCGCGAGUGCGCGUUGGGCAUGAUCAAGACAUUUGGAGGCGUCGAACAACUGGCGUUUCCCGAACACAUGCCCGCGUUGGAAGAGAUCGACCUGGCGCAUCACUGGAAUCUCGCGCCGUGUUUUCUGCCCGCCAGCAGCGCAGGGCGCGUGCGGUACUUGAGACUCGACAGCUCGAGGCUGUGCAGGCUGCCGGAUAACAUGCAGCAGCUGCGCCACCUGUCCAUUAAGGACUGUUGGAACUUGACGCCCGACUGGCUGCCCGCUGCGAGCAGAACGAGCGUGCGCAGCAUAGACGCGUACGGGAGCCCCAUCGGGGGUUUCCCGCCGGGGGUGCCGAACCUCGAGAUCAUCGACAUUGGAAGGUGCACAAGACUGAAUCAGACCGACUGGCUUCCCUCCGACUCGGCGCAGCGCGUGCGCGUCCUGCGCGCCGAGCUGUCACACCUGCGGCGCCUCCCCGCGAUGCCGCGCCUCGAGGAGCUGUACAUCGAGGAGACCAGGCACCUGACGGAGGGCUUUCUCUGCGCCGAGAGUUGGGCCAACCUGCGUGUCUUGUCAGCGCGGGACUCGAGGCUCGUGAGGCUGGGCGAGGCGAUGCCGCGCCUGGAGGAGCUGUGCGUCGCGGAGUGCGCGCGUCUCGCCGAGGACUGGCUGCGGGAGGGGGCCGCGCCGUCGCUGCGCAUUGUCAGGGCCGCGCGCUCGGGGCUGCGGCGGCUUCCGCCUGGCCUCAGCGCGCUACGUGUGGUCGACGUGACUCAGUGCACGCUGGCGCCGCAGUGGCUGGACGAGACGAGCGCCGGUGGCGUCGCCUGCCUCCAAGCGGACGACUCGAACAUCGAGCGCUUGCCCGCGAAUAUGGGCGCUCUGGAGCAGCUGUACCUCGGCCGCUGCAAGUGCCUCGAUGAGGCCUUCCUGCCGCCCAGCAGCGCGCGGCGUCUCGUGGGCGUUGUGCUGAACGAUACAAACGUGGUGCACUUGCCACGCGGCAUGAGCAGCCUCCAGUACGUGAAUGUGUCGGGAUGCCACGGGCUCGCAGAGGACUGGCUCCCGCAGGACAGCGCGUCACGGAUCGUGCUGUUCAAGGCCGACCAGUCCAACCUCAAGAGCCUGCCCGCGGGCAUGGAGCAGCUGCGACAGAUCCACAUCGUCGGCUGCGCGGCCCUGAACCGCGACUUCCUGCCGCACGACAGCGCGCAGAGCGUGCGCGUCAUUUGGGCGUCGGGCUCCAACAUCGGCCGACUGCCCGCCAUGCGCUCCCUCGAGGACAUCGACGUGCGCACGUGCAACCACCUCGAGCGCGAUUUCCUCCCCGACCACGGGUUCCCGGCCCUGCAAAAGAUCGACGCGUGGUACUCCAACCUCGCGCGGCUGCCGGAGGGCCUGGAGCGCAUCGAGCAGAUCGAGUGCCGCGGCUGCCAGCGACUCGACGCGAAGUGGCUCCCGCAGUCCAGCGCCGGUCGCGUCAAGUCUCUCAACGCCUCCAAGUCAAACCUGGCGGCGCUGCCUUCCCGGAUGUCGUCGCUCGAGACCCUCAUCCUCGACGGCUGCAGCGGGCUGCGGCGCAAGUUCCUGCCGCCCAGCUCCGCGGCGCGCGUCAGGCUUCUCGACGUCAGCCACACGCACAUCACACGCGUCCCUGCGGGGCUCCGCGCACUGCAACGCCUCAAGAUCAACGGUUGUGGGGACCUGGGGCGCGACUGGCUCCCGAACGACAGUGCACGGACGGUCGAGCACGUGUUCGCGGCCCACAGCGCGGUGCAGCGGAUCCCAACUGACCGUAUGCUGGCGCUGCAGACAAUUGACCUCCGGGGGUGUACCGAGCUGCAGGAGCCGUGGCUGGCGCCUGAUGCAACGUCGCUGCGGGACGUUGACGUCCUUCGGGCGGGAUCGUAG